AACUGACGAGUUCACCGUUGUUGAGAAUCGUGAUUUUGUUUCUAUCAAAAAUAAUAAAAAAAAAUAUUAAAAAUGGCACCAGAAAUUAAAUACACAAAGUUGUUCAUUGACAACGAAUGGAUGGACGCUAAAAGUGGCAAAACCUUCGAGACAUACAACCCUCAUGAUGGAUCCGUCAUCGCCAGAGUCGCUGAGGGGGAUAAGGAAGACAUUGACUUAGCAGUAGCGGCAGCGAAACGAGCAUUCCAUCGCAAUUCAGAAUGGCGUCAAAUGGAUGCCUCUAAGCGUGGAGAAAUACUUCGUAAAUUUUCUGAUCUCGUAGAGAGAGAUCAGACGUACCUCGCUGAACUUGAAUCCUACAACAAUGGCAUGGUACUUAAUAACGCCCAGGCGUUUAUGAAUUCAGCUAAGGGUACUAUCAGGUACUUCGCAGCCUGUGCUGAUAAAGUGACAGGAGAGACCAUACCUGCAGAUGGCGAAGUCUUCUCUUACACUCUGAGACAACCCGUGGGCGUGUGCGCAUUAAUUCUGCCAUGGAAUGGCCCAGUUUUCGUCUUCCUUAACAAAGUCUGCACAGCUCUUGCUGCAGGUUGUACUGUAGUGGUAAAACCAGCAGAACAGACUCCACUUACUGCACUCGUGCUAGCAGCACUUCUAGCCGAAGCUGGUCUACCUAAGGGAGUGGUGAACGUUGUCAAUGGUUUCGGACCUGGUGCUGGUACCAGUCUCACUCACCAUAAAGACGUCGCUAAGGUGUCCUUCACUGGCUCAGUUGAGGUCGGAAAACUGAUCCAGCAGGCGUCAGGAGCUAGUAACUUGAAGAGGGUAACUCUAGAACUCGGUGGAAAGAGCCCUCUCAUCAUUAUGGACGACGCUGAUUUGAAUGUUGCGGUGCCUUAUGCCGCUCAUGCAGUAUUCUCCCAUCAAGGACAAAUGUGCAUAGCUGCAUCCCGUUUAUUCGUGCAAUCUAGUAUCUACGACAAGUUUGUAGAAGCAGCUGUGAAGUACGCAAAAACCAUCAAAGUUGGAAACCCAACAGAUCCCACCACACAGAACGGCCCUCAGAUUGAUGAGACCAUGAUGAAAAAAGUUUUGGGAUACAUCGAGAAGGGAAAACAAGAAGGCGCGAAGUUGCUAUGUGGCGGCCACAGAAUCGGUACUUCUGGUUACUAUAUCCAGCCCGCCGUCUUCGCUGACGUCACUGAUAACAUGACCAUUGCAAAAGAGGAGAUCUUUGGCCCAGUACAAAGUAUUCUAAAGUUUGACACUAUAGACGAAGCUAUUGACCGGGCUAACGCUACAAACUUCGGUCUAGCUGCUGGUAUCUUCACAUCCAAUCUUAACAAUGCUCUGCAGUUCUCCAAACACGUUGAGGCCGGAAUAGUUUGGGUUAACACAUAUCUCCAUUUCACACCACAACAGCCGUUCGGAGGAUUCAAAGAGUCUGGUAUCGGUCGUGAAAAUGGAUUGGACUCAGUACUAGCUUACACGGAGGUGAAGACUGUUGCCGUAUCUUUACCUAAGAAAGUUUGAAACUAUGCUCUGUAAUUUUAUAUUAUAAUGUUCCUUAAAUAAGAGUUAUUUAUAGUAACCAAGUUUGUAUAAGUAUUCUAGAAUAAAAUGAAUAUAUUUUUAUUUUACUAUAACUUUGUUUUAACGAAUUUUCAAU